UCCAGAGGCGCAUCAUCGCACGGAGCGCAACCCCCGAGAGUACACAGUUUCGCGCCCUCGGAUCAGGGUGGCUAAGAGCCGAGAGGAACGCGCGCUUGAGCGAUCGAGCGAGCGCGAGGGGGUUGAAGGUGGGCAGGUGGGCAGAGUGAAGAAGGGACGACGGGGAGAGAAAGGGGUGAGAAAGCUCCGCUUCGGGGGUGACCAGCGAGAGAGAGAGAGAGAGAGAGAGAGAGAGAGAGAGAGAGAGAGAGAGAGAAAGCAAGGCUGGCGUACUCCGCGCGUACAUCAGCGUGCGGAGAUUCCGCGCGGAGAUGAGCUACUUAUGAAGUGCUCGCCGUCCUGCGUAUGCCUCGUUCUUCCCUUUCGAUGACGUCGUGUCCUUGGCGGACGGGGAGGAUUCCGCGGGAGAACGUCAUCGCCAUCUCCACCAUCGCCAGGACGAAGGACACGUCGCCACCCAGGACCGUUUUCCAUCGCUUCUGGCAGCAGUGACCAUGGCGUCAGUUCUGCCGUGUAAACAGUGCUCCAGCGAAGAAUACGAUCUGUUUUCCAGAUUAAUGAUGCUGUCGCUGUGCCCCUGCUGACGAGCGGACGGAACAUCCGGCAUCUGCGACAAGGCCGCGAGGAGAGAGCGAAGAGAUGUUUCGUUAAAGAAAAAAAAAAAAAAAAAAAAAAAAACAAAUUAGAGCAGACUCACGAUAACUAUUGUGACUCUAUUUGUGAUGAGAUCUACGUGAGAUCCUCUCCUUGCGUGGCCAAGCUCACCGAAGUUACAAGAAGUCAUCGAUCGCGAUGGUAUCGCGCGCAAUGAUGUUCGUUCGCAUCGCGAAUUUCGACGAGGACAGAGGAAGCCCAGCGUCUUCGUGCUCGCUGCUGUCGUCGCAUACUCCCAGUAGACUGAGAUGUAUCAUCCUGCACUUCAAAAGACAUAUCGCUUAUCCACCAUAAGAGGUCGAUGGUGAUGGCACGUGUCACGCGCCCUCGACAAAAAAUGGCGAACACGACUGAUUCACCCGCGACGGCCGGCGGCAGCCUCCUCUCGUCCUCGACGACGACGCCGUUCACCAGCUCGUCGACAUCGGCGGCGACCUACUCGAGCGAGGGUUACACUCUCAAUUAUAGCGGUCUGUCCAGUCUGGGCGGCUACUCGCUGGACGAUCUCAACUACACGGAACUGUGGCUGGACGUCUGGAACGGCACCGAGGUCAACAACGUCACUGAGAGGCUGAACGCGACAGUGUUGAUACCGGGUGGCUACUGCGAUGAAUGGGAGUCCGCUCAGCACAAGCUCUUCCAGGCAGCAAAUUUAUUUUUUGCGGCCGCGUUUUUGGUGCCGCGCUCGUUCAAGGCUUCCAUCUUAGCUCUUCGCACUUUUCUCACGGCGGGCUUUAUGUUGGCGGCUCUCUGGGCCGGAAUCACUAUAUGCGCCCUGGAUGCUAUGUUGUGGUGUUUGGCCCUCGGUCUGCUGAACGGCAUUCACUCAUUGAUACUCGCCUGUCGUUUCCUGCCCCCUGCUCUCAGUCCUGAAUUAGCCGAGCUCUACUUGAAACUCUUCAAACCCUACAAGGUCAGCAAGAAACACUUCCAGGAGCUGGCGAAAGAGGCGAGAAUACUUAAGCUGGAUUCCGAUCAGACGUACGCGACGGAAGGAGUCACGCAGGCAGAUAAAAGGCUGUCCAUUCUUUUACGAGGAAAAUUGAAGGUAACUUGCGACGGGACACACUUGCACUAUAUCAGAGCUUACCAAUUCGUCGACUCACCCGAAUGGGAAGCCAUGCACGAAAGCGACGCCGACGUCUUCCAGGUGACAAUACGAGCCGAGGAACCUAGCACGUACAUCUGUUGGACGAGAAUGAGGUUGCUCAGGGUGCUCCGGCACAGGCCGCUACUCAAAGUCGUUCUCAACACCCUCAUCGGUAAGGACAUUACGUCCAAGUUGUACGCCCUUAACGAGCAGCUCGCUGGUGUCGCGACUGCCAGUGAGAACGCCACGUCGAAUCCUUACAGGGGAGUCUCGAGAAGCGUUAGCUUCGAUGCUGUUAACACGGAAACCGCCGGAAGGGUUCGAUCGGCGACCUGGAAGGCGCAGAGGCGAUACAGCAAUCCGCGUAAUGAUAGUAGGAAUUCCCCAAUCCGGUAUUCGCAACAAUAUUGGACGCCGGUGGUGGCCAACCAUUUUCCGCCGAGUUCGCCGUUCAUUCAGAGCCAAAACCUCGGCUACUCAUUACUGCCGCAGGGUGUCCAAUUCUCGCCGCCUCCGCGAGCACCCGUGCUAUCUCACCCCCCCGUGGCGCGACAGCGAAGCGGGGGUGCUGGCGGCGAUUACACCCUGCUACCUCAAACACCGAAGCUCGAGAGGAAACGAUCGAGAAAAGGGACUAGAGAGGUGACUUUCGAGACACCGGUAUGACGCUCAGUUAACGGGGAAGGUCCUGCCAGCGUGCCUCUGCUUUCACUGUCGCCGCAACGCUCUGCCUAGCCCCGUCGUGGUCUCGUUGUCAUCCUGAAGCACACCGCAAAACUCGCUCUUGAAACUUCCGCGCGACAUCAACGAAUGGCCUACCUCCUCGAACGGGCAGGGAGAACGCGACGAGUACAUAUGCUUUUCGAGAUACCAAAUAGAAAUCUUCUUGGUAGAGCGUUAAUCGUAAAAAAAAAUGAAGGGAAAACGAAGUUGUUGCGGGUGCAGUUUUGGGGUGUGCUGUUUGAUUUUCAUAUCCUGCAAGUGCCACGCCUUACAUAGACACGCACGCACGUGUGAAAUCGAAAUUGCAAUGAGACGGUGGAAACAAUUCCGAGGAUCGGGACAUGCGUCGGAGACGGGACUCGAAAGAUGGGACGUGAAUCGUUCGUGAAUUAACGUGGAGAGGUGAAGUAAAGCGAUGAUGAAGAAAAUCGUAAACGAAAGACUAAAUAUAGAAUUUAUUGUAUCGACGAGCAUCGCCUCUCUAUGUACACACACCUUUACAUCGACUGUGAUUACAACGGAUAUAAUUAUUAAGUAUUUCAGAGAAACGCUGAUUAUAUAUACACAUAUACAAAGAGACACGUGCGUUAAUUAGCUGCCGCGGUAAUCACACACGCAUAAUCAAUCCUAACGCUUGCGUGAAUUCAGGUGUCCUUCGUUGAAGCGUGUGAUACGAUUUUUGAUUUUGAAUAAUCCUGUAUAUUUGCAAGAUUCUUAUUUUACACAGAUUUUGUAUUUGCUUUAUACUUUUUUCGACGUUUUUAAUUUUCCAUUUCGAAAGGUUUCCAUAUGAAACCUUUUAUUUUGUUAUACAAACAUUUGCUCCUGAAAUUAUUGAAUUU